AUGUCAAGUUUGGCGUCUGCACUAACAGCAAGUGGGAAACAAGAUUACCGUGACAUUGCAAAGAAGUAUUCAGAGACGAAUAAUGUUCAGAUCAAUUUAGGGUUACAAUUUGUAGCUCUGCUUCAUCUUCGUUAUGGCCAGACAGUAUUAGAUAUGGGUUGUGGAACAGGGGAACUAACAGCACACAUCGCAAGCCAAGUUGGUUUUGACAAUGUAUUUGGCGUCGACCCAGAUCCCAACCGGCUUGAAAUUGCGCACCGAAUUUCCGGCAGCAUUAGUUUUACACUUGGUAACAGCACAAGCUCUUUCCCACAUUCAGAUGAGGAGUUCUACGAUGUCUAUUUCAGUAAUUUUGUUUUCCAAUGGUUGAAUGAAGAUGAGAAGCACGGAUAUCUUAAAGGAGCAGUGAAGUGUCUUAAACCCAGCGGGCGGCUCGCUAUACAUGACGGCUACGACUGUUCUGAGAGCAUUAGUACCGUACUGAAAAUGGCAGAAACGGCUGGCGCUAUGAAAUCAAUUACGUUCGUUGGAAAAACAACCGUAGAAUCCAUGUUGAAAGAGUUUGGUUUUGAAAUUCUGUUGAAUGAAAAUAUUACACAUGUCUAUAAUUUCCCAAGUCUAGAAUUUUUCAUAACGUGGGCUUGUUCUACAUUCUAUAUUGACGAGCCAAAGUUUCGCUCUUUCGUCAACAAGGAAAGUUUGAGGAAACUUGUGGAUGAAGAUGGAACAGUUAAGUUUAACCAGAACACAUAUCAAAUUGUUGCAAGAAAGCGAAUUUAA